AUGCAGUUGGACGGAUACAUAGCGAGAAAAUACAAAUCUGGAACCGUUCUUGGUUCUAUACUGGAUCCAGCCGCAGACAAGACGCUCAUGACGACCCUCGUACUCUCCUUGGCUUACAAGGAAAUGCUGCCUCUCCCUCUUGCUGUCAUUAUCCUCGGCCGAGAUGUUCUGUUAAGUCUCUCCGCCUUUUACUACCGUUGGAUAUCUCUCCCACCACCGAAAACAUUUACGCGAUACUGGGACUUCUCUAUACCCUCGGCAGAAGUCCGCCCCACACAAAUAAGUAAAUACAAUACGUUCCUUCAACUACUCCUCAUGGGUGGCACGACCAUCAGUCCAAUCCUCCCCUUUGAGACGUACUUUAUUCUCAAGCCAUUACAAUGGAUUGUUGGAGGAACCACCAUCUGGAGCGGGCUGAGCUACGUCUUUUCGAAAGAUGCCGUCCGUAUCCUCUCAAACACGAACAAGAAGAGUUCAUAG